AUACAUGAGUUCUUCUUCUAUCUGUUGUUAAAACUUUCAGUUUCUUCCUAUUACCUUACAACACGUUAUCAGCACCAAUUUUCCUCAGUUAAAAUGGGAGAUUUGAUGAAAAGACAAUUCAAUGUGCUAGACUUGUCUGGGCACAAUUUUCUGGAAUGGACUGUUGAUGCACAGAUGAACUUAAAGGCCCAAGGACUGGAUCAUACCAUAAAAGAUAUAAUGGUUCCAGGCACCACAGAAAUCAAAACUGCCACCGAGCAGGAAAAGGCCAAAGCCACAGUCCUCAUAAGGCAUCAUUUACAUGAUAGCCUGAAAACUGAAUAUCUGAUGGUGGAGAAUCCCAAAGAGUUGUGGGAUAGUCUUAAAGAAAGAUAUGGACACCAUAAAAGGGUGCUCCUGCCAAAGGCUCAAUUUGACUGGACUAAUCUGAGGUUCCAGGAUUUUAAAUGUGUUAGUGAAUAUAAUUCCACGUUACUCAAAAUUGUAUCAUUGCUGAGAUACUGUGAUCAAGCGGUCACAGAAGAUCAAAUGAUAGAGAAAACCCUCUCCACCUUUCAUGCGAAUAAUAUUCUAUUGCAACAGCAAUACCGAGAGAGGGGCUUUUUUCAAAACUAA